GGGUAUCACCUAUACUAACCAUCCAAAAUGUGCGGAAUUUUCGCCUACCUCAACUUCCUGACACCGAAAAAACGAUCGGAAAUCGUGGAUAUUUUAGUCCAAGGAUUGCAAAGAAUGGAAUACAGAGGCUACGACUCUGCAGGAAUCGCCAUCGACGGAUCCAAUGAGAUCGAAUCACCACAUUCUUCGGUAGCACUUCUGCGAAAAGCUGGAAAGGUGUCCGUGCUCAGCGAUUUCAUCAAGGAGAGCUCCAGCGAUCUUGACAUGGAUAUGGAGUACAACAUUCACUGCGGAAUUGCACACACUCGCUGGGCAACUCACGGAUCUCCACGUGAUGUCAAUUCCCAUCCACAUCGCAGUAACGACAAGAAUGAGUUCCUCGUUGUUCACAAUGGAAUCAUUACGAAUUAUCGUGAAAUCAAGGAGUAUCUCGAGAAGAAGGGACACAAGUUUGAGUCGGAGACCGACACGGAAGUCAUCGCGAAGCUUGCGCAACACAUUCACGAUCGUUACCCGGAUUUCUCGUUCCGGCAACUUGUGGAGACUGUCAUUCAACAGUUGGAAGGAGCUUUCGCUCUUGCAUUCAAGUCAUCUCGAUUCCCAGGACAACUCGUUGCUUCAAGACGUGGAUCCCCAUUGUUGGUCGGUAUCAAGAGCAACUCCAGACUCCAGACAAAUCACUUCCCAGUCUCUUUCUCUAAAGAUGCUGGGUGGAAAUGGGGAGACGAAAAACAAACUGAUGGACGUCGGUUCAUGUCCAACCACGCUACUCAUUUGCGAGAUGAGACAUCGUUCGUCGAGACUCCAAACAACAUUCUGGACCUGUCAAUCGCCGUUCGUUCGUCUAAUGGAUCUGCUAAGAUGGAGAUCUCCGACAGCACGACGGCCGUCCGUCCAUUCGACUCCGACGAUUGGGAGGUUGAAUACUUCGUCGCUUCGGAUGCUGCUGCCAUCAUUGAGCAUACCAAGCAAGUCCUUUUCCUAGAGGAUGAUGACGUUGCAUUCGUCGAGGAUGGAGCUCUGACUAUCCAUCGCAUCUCUCGACACGCUGACAAUGGAGAGCAAAAGAGAGAAGUAAAGCUUCUCGAGAUGGAGCUUCAGGAGAUCAUGAAGGGAUCUUUCAAAACGUACAUGCAGAAGGAGAUUUUCGAGCAACCGGAUUCGGUAGUCAACACAAUGCGUGGACGUGUUCUUCCAUCGGGACAAGUCGUUCUAGGAGGAAUCAAAGAGUACCUUCCUGAUAUCAAGCGUUGCCGCCGUCUGAUUAUGGUAGCCUGUGGAACAUCCUAUCACUCUGCCAUCGCAUGCCGUCAGAUCCUUGAAGAACUUUCUGAGCUGCCAGUCGUCGUCGAACUUGCUUCUGACUUCUUGGAUCGUGAAACCCCAAUCUUCCGUGAUGAUGUAUGUCUCUUCAUUUCUCAAAGUGGAGAGACUGCCGAUACGUUGUUGGCUCUCAGAUACUGCAAGCCACGUGGAGCUCUCACAAUUGGAGUCACCAACACUGUCGGAUCAUCCAUUUGCCGUGAAUCUCAUUGCGGAAUUCACAUCAACGCCGGACCGGAAAUUGGAGUCGCCUCUACCAAGGCCUACACUUCUCAGAUCCUAUCCUUGCUUAUGUUUGCUCUCACCCUCUCCGAUGACCGAAUCUCCAUGGCUAAGAGACGUGAAGAGAUCAUUGACGCUCUCAACGAUCUUCCAGAACUUAUCCGCGAAGUUCUCCAACUCGACGAGAAAGUUCUUGAUAUCGCCAAACAAAUCUACAAGGAGAAAUCACUUCUCAUCAUGGGAAGAGGAUUGAACUUUGCCACAUGCCUCGAAGGAGCUCUCAAGAUCAAGGAGCUUUCCUACAUGCAUUGCGAAGGAAUCAUGUCUGGAGAACUGAAGCACGGUCCACUUGCCAUGGUCGAUGAGUUCCUCAGCAUCUGCAUGGUUGUUUGUAACGAUCGCGUAUACAAGAAAUCGUUGAAUGCACUUCAACAAGUCGUUGCUCGCAAAGGAGCUCCAAUCAUCAUUGCCGACUGCACCGUUCCAGAAGGCGAUCUCGCUGGAAUGAAGCAUAUUCUUCGUGUACCAAAAACUGUUGAUUGUGUCCAAAACAUUCUCACAGUCAUUCCACUCCAGCUACUCUCAUAUCACAUUGCUGAGCUCAAUGGAGCUAAUGUCGACCGACCCCGCAACUUGGCCAAGUCAGUUACCGUCGAGUAAAGCGUCCCGUCUUCUGCCCAAACCACCCCAAGUGCCUUCUCACCAUCUCGUCUUUUCUCCCACUCUGUGAUUAUAUUUCCCUCACCAAUUGCCUUCCCUAAUUUAUUGCAUGUAAUCUGGUAUACCCAGCGAUUCGACCAAUAAAAUGUGGUUUCCGGU